AUGGCGCAGCCUGGACAUGAUGAUGCACGAGGCCCUUUGAGAAAUGUAUCGUUGAGAGUAUCGCAAGUAUUGUCGGCAUGCAGCUUCUGCAAAAGCCGAAAGACCAAGUGUGAUGGUGCUACUCCAGCUUGCGGCCGUUGUGUCAGAUCUGGCCGUCAAGAGAGUUGCUCUCUUCAGAAUGAUACAUCUAGUCGUGCAAGGGAUUAUCAUACAUUCCUCCUGCAAAAGAUCGCCGAUGCUAAGGAGCGACUUGCUGAAGCAGAGUCGAGACAAGAUGUCCUCCAUUCUCCUGAAUCACAUGUUCAACUGCCAAGACAUCAACAGCCUGCGGAAGCACAGCAAAGCUCAAUGAUUGACUCGUUGGUCAAUGAUAUAGAAGCUCUUCCGAUUAUAACAUGCUCGUAUGCAUCGACUCCAAGAGGCACAACACUAUCAACUCUUGUCUUGGCUACUGCAAGCACGAAUCAGACCAUCCAUGAGACCCAGCAAAAUGACAUGACGCCUUGUCUACCUAAAGAAUCGACAGCUUUAAGCCUCGCGAAACAUUAUUUUGACAACGUAUACCCGCGUCUUCCCUUCUUCUCCAUCCAAGGGUUUUGGGUUCAAUUUCAGCAUGUCUUCUCUGGCGCAUCAGCUUCUGUACAGGACGGGGAUAGUCAUCGUCCGCCGAACCCAAUCACCAUACUGUCCCCCAGUGUAGAAGACUUCGAUCGGUCGUCCAUCAGCCACGGCUAUAGCUACUUCACAGUCUUGUUAGUAUUGGCAAUAUCAGCUUCCAGUCUAUCGCGAAGUGCAGAUAGUGUCAUAUCAGCACAGGCAGAAAGACUUUUCCGAAAUGCAUUGGCUUUCCGAGAAUCUGCCAUCGUACCAAGCAACAUUAUUGGAGUUCAGUCAAUUUUAUUCCUGAUACAAUUUGCGACUUUGAAUCCCUCACUGCUCGAUGCAUGGUAUCUGAUCGGGGUUGGCAUGCGCAUGUGCGUAGACCUUGGGCUACAUCAAGAUCCCCAACCUCCAGAGUCCAUCGAAGUCAGCUUGUUGGAAACACGACGUCGGCUUUGGUGGAGUGUCUAUGCAUUUGACCGGUCAAUGAGUCUAGGAUGUGGGCGUCCCACAGAGAUAUCUGACUCUGCCAUCAAUGUGUCUCUUCCAACGUUCAGAAUCGAGAUCCCAGCUACGCCUGUUGAGAUUCAUGGGUACUUGCAGCGAUAUCGUGCCCUACAACUUCAGUCUGAGAUCUACAAUCGCCUCAAUGAUACUAAAGGCGUGGAUACGCAUAUCGCACGAGAGAGAUUCAUGGAGCUCUCACGUAAGUUAACGGAGUGGAAAGAAGCAAGCUCCCAGCUACCAACAAGAACUCUUCUUGAGAGUGAAUGGCUGAUGGGCCGCAUGCUUCUUUUGAGGCCAUGCAGGUUACUACCUGAACGGACAAUGAACGAGUUGAACGAGCUAUGGCAUUCUGCUAUCGGUUUCAUCGGCCUUUAUCGACGCUUGGCGGAAACAAAUUCCAUCUUUUACGUUCAAGUCGCUUGUGAAAAGGUUUAUUGGACAGGUCUUAUGGCGCUGUAUAGUUUCUGGAAUUUUCGUGCACAGUCUGAUGGGAGCCGUGAUAACUUGUGGGCACUAAACAUCUGGGUCAUGGUAAGAGAUACCAUGUUUAUCCUUGGGAGUCUGAGUGAGCGAUGGGACCAGGGACGACUACUCUGCUCAAGUUUUGAUUCCCUGACGACAAAUAUUCUGGAGAUUGUGGGGACGAAUCAAGAUGUUAAUGUAACGGCUGAGGUACCUACAUUACUGCGCAGUUUGGACCAGUACACAAGUCUUACUACGAUCUGGGCUUCAGGUUCGCGGGAUGAAAGUCCAACUAGAGGCACGAGCCAGGAAACUAACACACUGCGAAAGUUGAUAGUUGAAAUGAUAUAG